AAAAGAAAAAAAAAAAAGAAGCAAAAGAGAGAGAGAAGUGGAGAAGAAGAUGGGUUUAGUGGAAAUCAUGUUGACCCCAAACAGUAUCUGCUUCGACGUCACCUCUCACCUUAUUCCUUCGAUUCCCCAUUUUUCACUUUUCUUAUAUUUUCUCCACCUCUCUGUCUCUUUUGCUUGCUUCCUAUACACAGUUCUUCUCUGUUCCUCUAAUCGGGUUUGAAUCUUUUCGUCAAUUUCUAUCUGGGUUUUGUGUUAAUCGAAGGAAUAAGUGAAUCGUCGUCUUGGGUUUUCUCUAUUUAGAAGAAAGCUUCCUCCUUUAGGGUUUCUGCAUCAGUUAUUGAAUUGCUAGUUGUCGUUGAAGAAAGCAGAAAUUGAUUAUAGUGUUGCUGAUGGAUUCUUGGAGCUACGGGAGAAGCGUUUUCAUGUCAAAUGAAACUCUUUUACCUUGUGAUACUUUUGCUAAGAAUAGAAGAUUUGAACAGAGACUCUCUAAUAAUGAUGAUGUGUUGAUUUCUGACAUGGCUGGUAACUCCAAUGGAUUCAGUGCUGUUUCUAUUACUAAAGUUGUUCCUGAAGAGGAAGAUGAGGAGAACAUAUCUUCUUCUUCAAAGUUCUCUAGUCAGGAAUUGAAUAGGAUAGAUUUCAAACUUAGGAGCUUUUUGGAUUUAGGAAAUGAUGAUGAUGAUACAUCCUCUAGAGGUUUUGCUCUGCCAUCUAAAAAGUCUCGAGCUUCAAACUUGUGCUCUCAGAAUCCCUUGUGUCAAGUUUAUGGGUGUAGUAAGGAUCUGAGCUCUUCGAAAGAUUACCACAAAAGGCAUAGAGUUUGCGAGGCUCAUUCGAAAACUUCUGUGGUCAUAGUUAAUGGUCUUGAACAGAGGUUUUGUCAACAGUGCAGCAGGUUUCAUUUCCUCUCAGAGUUUGAUGAUGGCAAAAGAAGUUGCAGAAGGCGAUUAGCCGGUCACAAUGAACGAAGAAGGAAACCUGCAUUCUAUUUCCUACCGGGUAAGCGCCAUAAGCUUCUUCGCACCUCUCAAGAUGUAGUAGGCAACAAGUUUCUGGAGAAUUCAUCAUUGGUAUUGCCAGAGUCAUUUCCUGGUAGUCUCUUAUACAGAGUAAUAGAUGAAGACGACCACCGUACAAGUAGACUCGUGAGUUUCAAAGAUGAACCUACUUGUUCCAUGUUUCCUACUAAUGAGCAAAACAGCAGCAGAACUUAUGAAUCUAAACCAGCAAUUUAUUCCACGGAAGUAUCCUCCAUUUGGGACUUACAUGAGACGGCGGCAUCACGCUCUACUCGUGCUCUCUCUCUUCUGUCAGCUCAGUCCCAACAACACUUGUCUAAGUUUCCAAACACAACGUUCUCAAUCACCCAACCCAACCAAAAUCUCAAUCACUCAUCAUCAACUGACUAUCAUCAGAUGGAACAACCGUUGUGGAUCGAUCCUGGCAAGACCAAUUCUGCUGGUUCUAGUUCUUGUAAAGGAAAAGGAACAUCCACGGUUGAUCUACUGCAACUGUCAUCACAUCUUCAAAGAAUCGAGCAACAGAGGAAUUACACUGGUGAUGUGAAGCAGGAAUAUAAUGAGCUUUAUUUCCCUGGCUCCUAAUAAAAGGUUACAACAUUCUUAUUCCUUUAAACCGGUUCGAGUUUCUUGAGAUUGUUCUGCAGAAGGACAAGACAAGCCUGCAUGGCUUGAUUAGUUUGUGAUUAGAUAGAGGAAUUAAGAGGAUCAGAUCAUGUUACACGUAUUAUUGUAAUUUGUAACUGUUGUGUUAUUAUUCACCAGUCAAUAAUGUUCUGAAGAAAAUUGCUUCAGAUAUCUAUGCCUACUUCCUUUUCACAGCGUUACAGACAAUUUGUAUAUAUACAUGUAAUGAAUAUUCGCUGAAAAAGUGAAUUUUUACUUUUGUUUUGUUUUGUUCUGUACACUCAC